AUGCCCAAGGUCAAGAGCUAUUCGGCAGCUUGGCUGUCUAGCAACACUCCCGGUCAUCGCCUCUUCGAGCAAUCAACCGAGGUCUCCAAGUCUCGCGGUUUAGAAUCAACCUACUCCUCCAAGAAGAAAACGCCCCCUGGUCCCCGCAGAACCAUUGCUCGUCGGGGCACUGAAAUAUUUGUUGCUGUUGGCCGUGAGAUUCGCUGGGGAGAUCUUGCCUACUUGAAGGAUGAAUGGGCGAGUCGUUGCUCCAAAGGAAGGUCAUCGCAAGGUCCUCGUGUCAAGCGCGAGGACUCGACACAAUCAUUCGAUGACGAGAAUGUAGAGAAUGCUCCAGGAAUGAGGACCAUCAAGACGCCUGCCGCCGAAGACAUUCGACAGCUUAUCAUCUCACCGAACUCGAACCUUUUGGCCAUUCUGACGACCUACACUGUACAUAUCUGCGUCCUCCCAGACCCCUCUCACCUUACCAGCGAAGAUGUUGGUCCUCUCAAGCCCAAGAUUUUCACCCUCGGACCUACCACCCACGUUACUUCUCGAUCGCCCAUUGCCUCUGCUCUAUGGCAUCCUCUGGGAGUUUCUGGCACUUGCAUUGUCACAACUACUGCUGACGCUAUCGUACGUGUCUGGGAAUUGUCCACUACCGAUCGAUGGUCAUUCGACACACCUAGUACGUCUGUCGACCUGAAGAAACUGGUGGAUGGUACAACCUUAGAUCAGGACUUUUCUGCCUCGACAUCGGCCACCAACAUAGCUUUUUCACCCGACUCGUUUGAGAUGGAGGUCGCUACGGCCAGCUUCUCUACUAAAGGGGCUGGUGGCUGGAACUCUAUGACUUUAUGGAUAGCCAUGCGAGAGGGAGAUGUCUACGCCUUGUGUCCUUUGCUGCCUCAAAAAUGGGCACCCCCCCCUACCUUGAUUCCCUCCCUCUCAGUUUCAAUCGUCACUACUGUUGCUAGUAUCGAGGAUGACCCUGAGGUUGGAGAGCGGGAGAAGCUCCUCGCUCAACAGCAAUUGGAGUGGAUGGGCGAGCUGGACUCUCAAGAGCCGACGAUUGUCGAGGGACCGCUUGGCGAGCCUAUCACAGAAAUCUAUACACGACCAAACCGACCUGGUAUCAUUCCCCGUCUGCAAGGACCGUUUGAGCUUCAGUCGGAUCCUGAAACUGGCGACGAGCUGGAUACUUCGGUUACUGAUAUGCUUGUGAUCGGAAAGAAGACAGAGACGGAGGAGCUCAUGAUGGGCGAAGAAGAAGAUCUCGAUAUGGAUGAUGGGGACCAGGAAGGCCUGUCUCUUACUGUGGUCUGUCUUCUGUCGACAAGCGGACAAGUUCGCGUAUAUCUCGAUCUCGAAGGUAUCCAGGCUCAGUGGUUGCCUCCCAAGAACAAGAACAAGCUCGGUCGACUCCUAGCCGAAUCUGAUCCCCCUUCUCUCCUCUCUUUCCAGGCCAUCGACACAAUGAGCCCAGUUGAAGUCAACGAGGAGAGCUGGCCAGUAUUCAGUACCGAUGUGACGUCUCGCUAUAACUUCUUCGUCACCCAUCAUGCCGCUAUCACAUUCAUAUCUCUCACCUCUUGGAUCUUCCGCCUUGAGAGUGAGCUGAAUGGAGAUUCUGAAGCAGGAACUGAUUUCAGAAUUGGCCUGCUUGUCAACUCUCAGUCAUCGAGAGACCGUAUCUAUUCGCAGCCCACUGCCGAUAUUGCAGUUCCCUUGGCCGCAUGCAAUGUCCUGCGGGAUCCUGAUGUUGGGUACUUCCUCCUCUCAGCUACUCCUUAUGAACCUAUUGCCUUGACCUUCGAUACACCCGAAGUUGAUCUUGCGCCGAUUCGCCAGGAAAGUCCCCAAUACGAACGCGAGGCCAGCAUGGCGCCGCUGGACUUUUACGAACCUCGCCCUGUGUUUAACCCAUCGCAUGCAUUCGACGAGGGUUCUGCCCUGCCUACUCUACUGGAGAGGCUUCGUACAUCUCGGCACAAGACGGUCGUUAACCAGGAAGUGAGAUUAAGUCCACUUACACUGCAGAUCUUUACCGAUGCGCACAAGGUCUUGGCAGAUGAGACGCACCGCCUUGGAAUGGCCGCGGCUGAAGUAUUCCGGAGAUGUGAGCUUCUCCAGAAUGAGCUAAAGCAGCAAGUCAUGAAAGCCAAUGAAGUGAAGGGCAAGAUCGACACAAUUAACGGGUCGCAUCGCGAUGGAGAAGCGGAGAAUGCUAUGUAUGAUCGACGAGUCGCAACAGCAAAGGACCGGCAGGGUCAGCUUGCUGAACGCCUUGAAAACCUGCGCAAGAUUGUAGGCAAGGCGACAACUCGUGACUUAAGCGCCAAGGAGCACGCAUUUGUGGAAGAGGUUAGAUCCAUGGAAGCAAGCAUGUCAGCUCCGGAUUAUGCAGAGCUGGCGUCAGGAAAGGCGAAGCCGUCACCGGCGCAGGCCAAACAGUUGUGGAAACGUCUGGAAGACAUUAAGCACCUGCAGGCCGAUCUUGCAGCCGAGGUGGAGGCCGUGAAUAAGGCGACAGGGGACACGGAUGGGCCCGCUACACCCUCGGCCGAGUUACGGAUCCCGCAUGAGGUUCGACGGGCCAAGAUGCAGCAGGUUCAAGGGCUGCUCUCGAGAGAAACAGCAUUGGUGGAAGCUGUCACUGCGCGAUUGGAGCGUCUGCAGACCAAUACCUGA